AAAAAAAAUGAUUACUUCAAUAUGACAAGGUUUUUUUUAUUAUUAUUUAUUAAAAAAAAAAAUAGCAGUCCAACGAUGAUAUUAAAAAACGUUGUCGGUAUAAGUAUUUUUUUUAGAUUAGUGUUGUACCGAGGACAUAACCCGUUUACCGAGACGGAUUGUUAAAUCAGGCUUCUCCUCCGUCUUCUUCAGUUUCUUAACCCCCAAAAUUCAAAACCCUCAAAUCGCAGCAAACCCUCUCUGUACUGUCUAUCUGCCUAAAUACUCUCUCUCUCCUCCUUUACCUUUCUCUUCCUAAUCUCCGUACUCUCCUCCUCCUCUUCUGCAACUUCCAAGCACGUAUCUGAAGUCAACUAAUUUGUUAGAUUGAAGUCAAAUCUAUCUAUCUCUCUCUCUCUCUCUCUCUCACUAAUUUGGUAAGUUUUGAAGGUAAAUUUUUCAGUUUUUUCUUUUUUUCUUUUUCUCUUUGCAUUUUGGUAACCCUCAUUCUCUCACCGGCGCGGAAGCUCCGCCCAAGCUGCUAUAACCCGUAGUCCAGUCGAAGCUCCACCAAACUGCUGCCAAGAUAUGAGAGAUGUUGCUCGUUCUCGUGAGAGUGAUGGAGGAGCUGAACCUCCGCCAGGACCAUCACGCAUUGGGGUUGAUUGUGUGCAAGCGGCUCCAACAAAAAAACGUGGACGCCAUAAAGGAUUGAGUACACGAGAAAAAAGGAGAGACUUAGGACGUCCACUACCUCUCGAAUGGGACGUGAAAGGGAAAACAUAUAAGGAGGUAGGAUCUUACAGCUCCGAUUUUAGUAGGGAGUUAGGGUUACUGGUUCGACGAUGUACGGAUCCCAACUUCAAAGAUUGGGCACAAGUCCCUCAAUCCGUUAAGAGAAGGAUAUUAUCAAAUAUAGAGGACGAACUAUUUGACAUUGGUCGCCAAAGAUACGGAGCAGAGUAUAUUCCAGGAAUUUUGAGAGGCAUAGACAAAUCCUGUGCUAAAAAGUACUCUGAAUUCAAAAAUGAAUUGUAUAAUCAUAUGAAAAGACAUGGGACAACAAAACAAUAUGAUGGAUGUACUGCGGAUCAGUGGGAAAAGGCUAUUGAGUACUUCGAGCAACCAGAGGUGAAGAAACGUUCUGAGAUUAACUCAGCAAACAGGAGAAAAUUGAAAGAACUAAGCUAUGGGGGUUCUCAAUCUAUACCUGAUUUGCGUUACAAAAGACGCAAUCCUGAGACUGGGCAACUAGCACCGAUCCCAGAAACAUGGCAAGCAACUCACCAUAAACAUGGCACUGGAUGGGUGUCUGAAACCGCCAAAGAAACUUGGGAAAAAAUGAAAGCCAUACGUGAAACACAUUCGUCAGAGUCUACUGAGUCUGAGAGUACGGAACCACCAAGCACUAUAGCAGAGGCUGGAGACAAAGACUUGAGUCUAGUCCAAACGGUCUUCGGAAAGCGUCGAGGCCACCAAAAAGGAUAUGGCCGCAUUAUUAGCACGAGGGAGAUGUUUGAUCCACCUUCAUAUGCCCAACCUUCUGCACCUCAACCUCAACCUCUAUCUAAAUCUAAAGAUCCUGUGAUUGCAGACUUGCAGGAGCGUGUUCAACAAUUGGAGGCAUACAUUAGGGCUAAUUCUAUCAUCCCAGGAUCUCAGUAUCCACCUCCACCUUCUGACGAGUCUGAUAAUGUGGGAUCCAGCCUAUAGAUGAUGUUUUAUUAGUAUAUAUUUAUAGUAACAAAUAUUGUUAUUUGUGUUUAGAAACAGUUAGCACUGAAUUGUAAGUUGAAUUGUUUAAUGAUAGUUUAAUGAUAUGGAUCUCGUUCGGUAUGCUA